AUGGCGGUGGAUGCAUUGCAGCGCUUGCUCAAACUCAGAGAGAAGCAGGACACCAAACAAUCAGCGCCCAGUCUGGAGCUGUCGCUGUCGCACCUCAUUCAGUCUCCCAGCACGACAGCCAACACUGAAGCCGUUUCUGACCAAACUGAAGCAAAAAUCCGAAGGUGCCGAGAUGCACUGAAAAGUUUCCUUGAAAAUCAAACGAAGGAUCUAUCUCAGGGAACAAAGGACGAAGGAUGUUCGACCCCUUUAAACAAGAUCUAUACAGAGCUUUACAUCACAGGAGGAGGCAGUGGGGAGGUUCAUAGUGAACAUGAAGUGAUCAAGUUAGAAUGCAAAAGGAGUCCGAGUGAGGAGAAGAACAUCCAGCUCAGUGACAUUUUUAAACCUUUAGCAGAAGAAGAAAGCCCUCCUCAGAGAGUUCUGACGAAGGGAAUCGCUGGCAUUGGAAAGUCGGUAGCUGUGCAGAAAUUCACUCAGGACUGGGCGACCGGAGAAGCCAACCAAACUACUGACUUUGUAUUUCCAUUCACAUUCAGAGACUUGAAUUUAAUAAAAGAGGACUGUUCUCUUGUGUCGUUAGUAAGUUCCCAUUUCGAAGAAGUGGAGGAUUUGGAACCAUCAGACUACAACAGUUCAAGUGUUUUGUUCAUCUUUGAUGGCCUUGAUGAAAGCCAGUUACCUCUGGAUUUCAAGAAAAUUAAGAAGUGCAGAGAUGUUACAAAGCUCACAACAUUAGACGUCCUGCUUACAAACUUAAUCUCAGGGAACCUGCUGCACAAAGCCUCGAUCUGGAUCACAAGUAGACCAGCUGCAGCCACUAAGAUUCCUCCUGAGGUCUUCAACAGAGUGACCGAGGUACGAGGCUUCAACGAUGACCAGAAGAAGGAGUACUUUCAGAAGAAAGUUACUGACAAAAACAUGUCUCAGAAGAUACUCAAUCAUCUUCAGUCAAAGCCACUGAGAAGUCUCUACAUCAUGUGCCACAUCCCAGUCUUCUGUUGGAUUUCAGCCUCGACUCUCCAGAAUCUCUUAACAGAAACUCACAAAGGUGAGUUGCCCAAGACUCUGACUGAAAUGUACACACACUUCCUGAUCAUCCAGACGGAGCUGAAACACCAGAAGGAUUAUGAGGAAGGUGAAUCGGACAAAGAAGUCAUCAUGAAAUUGGGAAAGCUGGCAUUUGAACAGCUACAGAAGGGCAACAUCAUCUUCAAGAAAGAAGACAUAGAAAAGUGUGAGAUUGACUUGAAACAAGCUGCAGUUUUUUCAGGAGUUUGUACAGAGAUCCUCAGAAAAGAGUCUGGACUUCACAAACAAGAGAUUUACUCUUUCAUACAUUUAACUGUUCAUGAGUUUCUUGCAGCUCUGUAUGUCUUACAGACCUUCAUCGAUAGGGGAGAAAAUCUGCUCACCAACCUGACAAAGAAAACACAGUUUCCUCUCUUCUCCCUACAGAAGAGCGCAGUGGAUCUGGCUUUGGACAACAAUCUGGGACAAUGGGACUUGUUCCUUCGCUUCCUGCUCGGCCUGUCACAGGAUAAAAGUCAGAAGCUUCUUCAGGAAGAAUUGGAAUUCAAAGGAAUUCUUCAACAGAGCAACAAGAAGACAAUCGACUACAUUCAAGAGAAGAUCAAGAAGCUGUCCAACCACGACAAGAGCAUCAAUCUGUUCCAUUGUUUGAAUGAGUUGGGUGACCGGUCUCUGGUCGAGCAAGUCCAACUUUAUCUGAGCUCAGGAGAUGCUAGUAAGCUGUUACCUGAACACUGGUCAGCUCUGGUCUUCCAGCUGCUCGUUUCCAAUGAUGACCUGGAUGUCUUUGACCUGAAGAAAUACCACAGAUCAGAUGAAGCUCUGGAGAGGCUGCUGCCAGUGCUCAAAGCAUCAAAGACAGCUUUGUUGAGUGACUGUUAUCUCGCAGACAGAAGUUGCAGAAAUAUUUCAUCAGUUCUCAGCUUGAAGUCUUCUGGUCUGGAGGAGUUAGACCUGAGCAGAAACAGACUGCAGGACUCUGAACUGAAGCAGCUCUCUGAAGGUCUAAAAAGUCCCGACUGCAAACUCCAAACACUCAGACUGGGUCACUGUUGGUUUACAAAGAGAGGCUUUGCCGCUCUGACUUCCAGUCUGAAGUCAAACCCCGCCCACCUGAGAGUCCUGGAUCUGACAGAUAAUGACCUUAGAGACAGUGAUGUCAGAGACCUUUGUGAGUUCUUGGCAGAUCCACGUUGUCGACUGCAGACACUGAACCUGGAGUCCUGCUGGUUACCAGCAGUGAGCUGCUGGUCUUUGACCUCUGACCUCAGAGCCUCCUCUGCUCUCAAAGAGCUCGACCUGAGCCGGAACUACCUGGAGGACCAGGGGGUGGAGCUGCUUUCUGAUUGGCUGAAGAAACCCCAGUGUACACUGGAGAUACUGAGACUUGCUGGCUGUGAGUUUACAAAGAGAGGCUUUGCUGCUCUGACUUCCAGUCUGAAGUCAAACCCCGCCCACCUGAGAGUCCUGGAUCUGACAGAUAAUGGCCUUAGAGACAGUGAUGUCAGAGACCUUUGUGAGUUCUUGGCAAAUCCACGUUGUCGACUGCAGACACUGAACCUGAAGUCCUGCAGGUUGCCAGCAGAGAGCUGGCGGUCUUUGACCUCUGACCUCAGAGCCUCCUCUGCUCUCAAACAGCUCGACCUGAGUCAGAACCACCUGGAGGACCAGGGGCUGGAGCUGCUUUCUGAUUGGCUGAAGAAACCCCAGUGUAUACUGGAGAUACUGAGACUGGCUGACUGUGAGUUUACAAAGAGAGGCUUUGCUGCUCUGACUUCCAGUCUGAAGUCAAACCCCGCCCACCUGAGAGUCCUGGAUCUGACAGGAAAUUACCUUGUAGACAGUGAUGUCAAAGACCUUUGUGAGUUCUUGGCAGAUCCACGUUGUCGACUGCAGACACUGAACCUGAACCAAUGCAGCUUACCAGCAGAGAGCUGGCGGUCUUUGACCUCUGACCUCAGAGCCUCCUCUGCUCUCAAAGAGCUCGACCUGAGAGAGAACCACCUGGAGGACCAGGGGGUGGAGCUGCUUUCUGAUUGGCUGAAGAAACCCCAGUGUACACUGGAGAUACUGAGGUUGUCGUUCUGCACAGAGAGACACUGUGAGUAUCUGGCCUCGGCUCUGAGGUCGGACACUUCACAUCUCAGAGAGCUGAAGCUGAGCUACAGUCAUCCAGGAGAAUCAGGUCUGAAGCUGCUGACAGACAUAAAGGAGGACAAACGUUACAGCCUGCAGACACUGAGAGUGUCAGAGGGGUUUAUUUUAACAUGAACGGGACCAAAAAGACACCAAUGGAUCGUUAUCCUACUUUAGUCUGAAAGAAAUGAACUGAACUACAACGUGUGUGUCACAGUGACCUCAGAUGCAUCCUGAUUCUUCUCUCCUUAAAGAAUCAGUGCUCAUCAGGAGGGGAGGUUCUAGUGAGGCAAUAAGGUUAUUAAAAAUAUGAAAUAUUGGUUUUAGGCUGGUAGAUAUCCUGCUAGCAUAGCCAGUUCACUAUAACGGUGCGCUAUCUUUCUAGACGAGGAAUGUGCCAGUUGUCCACGGCAGAUGACAUCACCUAUUUACUCUCCUUUUGUCAUAAAUGCAGGCAUGUAUGACAUUAUGUUUAAUAUGUUCUUCUAUAUGAAUUAAGUUUUUGUUCCAUGUUUAUUAAGAAAAUUUACUAAAAAGUAGGUAACAGCCCACUGGAAAAUUAUUUUUUAUUUUACAAUAUAUUUUUUCGUAUUAUAAGAGGCAAAUUUCAGUUUAAAUAACUUUUUUUUCUAAAAGCCAAGAUACUAUCAAUGUAUUACUUUACAGAUGCACUGUAUUUUUCUGUAAAAGAAAUAAAGAGACAGAGGAUUAUCAAUAAGACCGGGAAUACACCAGUUGUCCACGGCAGAUGACUUUACCUAUUUACUCUCCUUUUGUCAUAAAUACAUAUACCAACAAAUCCUGCUAUUACCAAGAGCUGAGCAGUGUAAAGUUGUAAAGAGUUCUCAUUUAACACAAGACACAACACAGAGGUCACAUAUGGAAAGUCAGAGGGGCAUACUAUAUUGUGUGUUUGAAACAUUUGACAAUCAUAAUUGUUUAAGUUAAAUGGAAAAUUAGUUUUUAGUUCAAAACAUUUGAUAAAGAUAACCAUUUAAUGUAUUUGUUUAUUAUAUAUUUUAUUUUUCCCAUGCCUCUCCUGACAUAUCACUGCCUCUUUCCACUGUUUCUCCUCCUCUUACUGCAGCUCUGCUGUUUGGUUUCCUCCCUCUGAUUUAAACAGUUAUUGUGAAAUAGCAGAGUGCUCUAUGAAGCGAAGGAGGUGCUAAACCUAACAGGUAGGAGGAGGACAGCUUUAGAAAAGGUGCAGCUUACCUUUUAUCGUUUGUGUUUAAAGUCUCAGAUGCCUCAGGUUUACAUCAACCAGAUGAGAGUUUACUUUAUUGGACACAAUAACAGAGACUUCACAGGUAUGGCAUGAAAAUUAGAGCAUCAAGUAAUAAAACAUGUGUCUAUACAAAUUAACUUAAUUCCUUUUCAGAAACAUAGAAUAUGUAACUCUGGUUAGCUAAAAUAUGACAACAAAGAAAAAACUGUUAAUACCGGUUUUCUGUCAUGUUGUAUGGGGCUGCAACAAUUAUUUUCAUUAUUAAACCAAUCUUUCCAUCAUUUCCAUGACUAAUCAAUUAACCACCUUGACAAUAAAAUGUAAGGAA